AUGCAUGCUGACUACAUACUAAUUACCAUAGGCUGCUACGACGGAAAGUGCUUUCGAAUCAAGGACGGAAUUCCCUGCUAUACUGGACCAACGCGGCCUCAAAUUCAAACUUGUCACUGCACUAACAAUGUCUUUCAGUGUGAAUCUGAUCGUGGCUUGUCUGUUCCACCCUGCAUUUGGAAUUGGGAUUGCAUCCAACGCAUUCUAGGUGUCCAAACUUGA